CAGAUUUGAAGUCGUCCAAGGUGAGUUUCUGUAAUCAAAGUGGGUUCGUGUGAUGCGCGUGGCAGUGAGUUUGCAUGAUCUGCUUCUAGGUGGUCUGGAAGGAAAACUGAGGCAGAUCUGUGGCGUCUGGGAUGCUGGCUUUGGUGUGUGCCAUGAUUAGACCCUGAAACCAUUUUAGCAUGCCAGGGGUGAGUGCAGUGUUUAUGCCACAGAGACAGAGAUGAUAUAUUCUUAGAGAUAGGAGUAAGUGUGUGCGUGUGUGUGUAUUUUCAUCAAGAUGUUUGCCCAGACUAGCUGUUUUGCCCAAACUCUGAGCUCCAGUGUUGUUACCCUCAGAUACCUGAUACCUUUGCUUACCUUGUCUGAUUAGGCUGUCUUCAAUAACUAAAAACGUGUCUGUAAACUCACAGUUAGAGACAGGCCUCAAAAGCAGAAUAUGUCUCAAUGCUGCCCAGGUACUGAGAUAUGGACCAGGAACCUGGAUGCCUUUCAAUUACAAGGUUCUUCAUUAAUCCAUUAAGUCAUAAGUCAUCCAUUAAGUUGUUAAGGUAAGUCAUAACAGAAUAAACAAAACCCUAUGUCAGUAUUUCUCAAGUUCUAAUGUAUUCAACCAGGUAUUUAUGAUUUUCACCUUGAGAGGAACCAGACUCAGACGGGAACCCGUCCUCAUCUGGGUAACAACGAAUAGUGUGAAAGUAAAGGGAAGUUCAUUAUGGUUUUUAUAUGAAGUCUGUUUUGUCGAACUGAUCCACUGUUCACUAAAGGAGACCUGAGUGCAAAACUGUACGUGGUAAGUGCAGUCCAAACGCCAUCGCAGCAACCGUAGUCCCAGCAACCACAGCGCAACUGUCCAUGUGGAAUUGAGAUUGAAAACCAUUUCCUAUGGUACUUUAAGUGGCGCCAUCCUCAGCAAUCUCAGCAAUCUCCAGGCUGCACCUCUUGGGGCCGUCGUCAGUAGUAGAACGUAGCCUUCAGUUGAUAAGAAUUCUCAAACUGGUGAGGAACAAUACAAUCCAAUACAAAAAUACAAGAGAAAACCCUCUACAUUUGGCAAGGCCCCAAUCAUACUCAUACAAAAAUCAGGACAACCUCAGGAGCUGUUGAAGUCAGGUAGACUAAACAUUAUAAAUCACAGCAGCUUCCAAAGAGCAAAAAAAAAAAAAGUGAUGUAUAGUCUAUACAAUACGGUAAUAUCACCAGUAUAUAUGACGUGAUGUGAGUUAAUGUUUACAGAACAAAUCAAAUCGCCGACAAUCCUUCUCAUACUCUCUACGCUGAGCUGAAGCGCAUGUUCACCCACAGAUUCACCCAUGUGCCUCAAGACGGUUUGUUUGGGGGGCUAUUUCCUGCCAUCAGCCAUCAGACGCCACAAUGCAACAGUACCCAGUACCUCCUACUCCACUGACUGAGUCUCACACACACACACACACACACACACACACUCACACACUUAAUUGUCAUUCCACAGAUAUUGCACAUGUAUAUAAAUACCAAGGAUACUGCACAUGCAUAUAUACAAAUAGAACUAUAUACAUACACACUGAUCUAUUUCAUUGUUUCUAUUAUUUUUAUGAUUUCUAUCUAUUGUAUAUUGUUUGUUUGUUUUUUUAUCUUAUGCUACAUAUGGAAAUUCUUUUCCUGUCUUUGAUGUUACUCUUCCUACUUGUGCUGCUGUUUCAACGUGAAUGUCCCCUAUGGUGUAUCAAUUAAGUUACAGCUUAUCUUAUUUUUACUCGCACACACACCCACACACACACACUAUCAAGGUUACGAAGUAUUUGCCCUGCUCACUUUGCACAUAUUUAUUGUUUGCUACCUUCACUCACACACUGAUCUCCUGCAGUUCAUCUCAACGACAAAUAGACACUUCAUAGACCAGCAUGGACUUCACAAAGACUCUGAAAAACAACAGGAAACGCAUUAUUAUAGGAACUUUAGCUGUAUCUGUUGUGACCAUCAUAUUAGGACUGGGUCUAGGGCUUGGGCUUCAGCUGCAAAAGUGCAAGAACAAGUUGCCAGAUACAUGUCGGAACCGCUGUUAUACGCCGUAUGAUUAUGAGACUCCAGGCUGUCGAUGUGACGAGCAGUGUGUGAACAGUAACAGCUGCUGUUAUGAUUUUGCAGAUAUCUGCCUCCAGCCGAUUGAGAGCUGGGAGUGUACACAAUUGCGUUGUGGGGAAAAGCGUGUCUCUGGUAGUAAGUGUCACUGCUCUUCUGACUGUGUGAGUGCUGGAGACUGCUGUACGAACUAUGGCAUUGUUUGCAAUGGAAUGACACCAUGGGUGCAGGAUCAGUGUGUGAGCAUGAGCAGCCCUAAGUGUCCUGCUAAUUAUAAGAGGCAGCCUCUGCUGCUCAUCUCUCUCGAUGGAUUAAGAGCGGAGUAUCAGCAGACAUGGCACUCCCUCAUUCCGGUCUUGGACAAGCUACGAAAAUGUGGAACAUCCUCAGCAUUUAUGCAGCCUGCAUUUCCAAGUAAAACCUUCCCGAACCACUACUCCAUUGUUACGGGUCUUUACACGGAGUCUCACGGUUUAGUGGAUAACAACAUGUAUGACCCUGUAUUUAAUGCCUCAUUCAGUCUGUCUAAUGCAGAGAAGAACAAAGCCAGAUGGUACCUCGGCCAACCGAUCUGGCUCACGGUGAUGGAUCAGGGUCUGCGAGCAGGGACCUACUUCUGGCCGGGAUCAGAUGUGCAAAUAAAUGGAACUUUCCCAAAUAUAUAUGAGAACUAUAAUGGAACAGUCCCCUUUGAGCAGAGAGUUCUCACCGUAUUGAAGUGGUUACAGUUGCCUGAUGAUCAGCGUCCUGAUUUCUACACUCUGUAUCUGGAGGAGCCGGAUAAAUCAGGACACAACUUUGGACCUGUCAGUGGAGGGUUGAUCAGUGCAAUCCAAGGAGUGGACAAAGUGAUCGGACAUUUGAUGAACGGACUCAAACAGCUCAACCUUCACGAGUGCGUCAACAUCAUCGUUGUAGCUGAUCACGGAAUGGCAGAAACAAGCUGUGACAGAAAGGAGGUUCUACAGAAUUUCAUAGGUGACGUCUCGCAUCUGUAUGUGAACCAGGGACCUUUUGGUCGAAUCAGAGCAGUGAACGAAGCGGUGAGCUUUGACGCUGCAGGCUUAGUGGCGAACCUGACGUGUAAGAAACCUGAUCAGAAGAUAAAGCCCUACCUCAAACCUCACCUGCCCAAACGCUUCCACUAUGCACACAGCAGACGCAUUGAGGACGUCAACGUGCUUGUCGACUCACUCUGGCUAUUCGAGAGCUAUCCAGGUUCUCUCAGUUUUUGCUCCGGUGGAAAUCAUGGAUAUGACAACGAUGACCCUAGCAUGCAGGCAAUGUUUCUUAGUUAUGGUCCCAAGUUCAACUUUCAGACUGAGGUUGAGCCGUUCUCCAACAUCGAGCUCUAUAAUCUUAUGUGUGAUGUAUUAGAAAUCACUCCAGCACCAAACAAUGGGAGUCAUGGAAGCCUGAACCAUUUGCUGCGCUCUCCACCCUACACACCUCAACCUCCAGUGGAGCAGAGUGCACCGGGACAGUGUCCCCUAACCAGCCUGGAGCCCACCGACCCGCUCGGCUGUUCCUGCCAUGCCCUGGGUGACUUCAAUCCAAACUACCUCCUCAACCUGUCUGACACGGAAGUGUCUCAGAGCAAUAGCAAACACCUGCUGUUCGGCCAACCCCUAGUGCUGCAGUCCAACUCAGAUUACUGUCUCCUGCACCAUCACGGAUUCAUCAGUGCCUACAGCAAACAUAAGCUCAUGCCUCUCUGGAGCUCGUUCACUGUGGAGAAACAGGCCGGAAGUGGUUCUGGCUCUUUGCCAGCAGUGAUACCAGACUGUCUGAGACCUGAUGUGAGAAUCCAAGCCGAUCAGAGUCCUACAUGUAACCAGUACAACAGCAACACUAAUAUUACAUACGCCUUCCUCUAUCCGCCCAAUCUUAACAGCACCGCAGAGGAGCAGUAUGAUGGUCUGACUUUGAGCAACGUGGUUCCCAUGUAUCCAGCAUUUAAGAUAGUGUGGCAGUAUUUCCACAAUGUUUUGUUGCUGAAGUAUUCCUCGCAGUAUAACGGCAUUAACGUGGUGACGGGACCUGCGUUCGAUUAUAACUUCGAUGGCCGGUUUGACACUGCAGACCAGAUCCAGGAGUUUGUUACAGGCAAUCAUAUCCCCAUCCCCACUCAUUACUUUGCCAUCUUGACAAGCUGCUUGGACUCAAAUCAGCCAGUGAGUGAGUGUAAGGGAGAAUUACACACAGUGUCUUUUCUAAUGCCACACCGACCUGACAACACUGAGAGCUGCAUGAGCAACCAGGAUGACUUGAACUGGGUGGAGGACUUGCUUUGGUUCCAUCAGUCACGUGUCAGAGACGUUGAAUGGAUCACGGGAUUGGAUUUCUUUGAGAAAAGCGGCCGACCGAUCCCUGAGAUUCUGCGGAUAAAGACUCGCCCAACGGCUGCCAUUCACAGGAAGCAGUGAUUUAUCACAUUAUUUAUGUAGUCAUGAAGUAUAGCUUAUAAAAUAUAGACUUUAGUGAUUAAAUGAACCAAAAUAUUCAGUGACCAAUGCACUGAUCUUAUUUGUCCUCAUGUUUAUUCUUGGCCACAGAACUGAUGUCUUUUAUUCCAUAGAGCCAUUUUGUUUUAUGUUUUUAUAUUUAAGAUUCAUAAUGAGGAAUUUCAUUUAGUUUUUGCUUAAGUAAAAUAAAAUAAAAAUGGCUUUGGGUCUCA